CCAGUGACUGAAACAGAAAUACAAAUCAAGAGUUCUGACUACCAGUUUUGUCCUCUAUAAAAUAUUCCCCCCUCUCUCUGUGGGUUAAGAUUAGAGGGAGAAUCCUUAGGAAAAUCACAAGGUCAAAUCAAUCCCUAAGAAUGCAAUGGUUUUCUUUCUAGUCCUUACAGUGGAAAUUUUAUAGCCAAAAUGUGUUUUUGCUGCAAGUUGCUUUUGACCAUCCCAGCAUUUUCUCUUUCCACACUCUGCGAACCACCAGAUGUAUAACAGACCAUCAAAAACAACCAAAUAGUCUGCCUUCCUUGGCAUUUCAUCUGAGCAGAGAGGUCAAGCAAAAUGAUGUAUAAUUACUUCCACUCCUCCCUAAAUAUCUGGCAGAGCCACCAGUAACAUACCACAUCAACUACUCACAAGGUAUAGACCCAUGUUAGUCCAGUAGUUCCCAAGGAGAGAGAAAGAAGGGCAACUGACGAUUAGGGGGAAAAAAAAAAAGCACAAAAAUAACUCUGAAAGAACUGAAUCUGCAUCACCAAUUUAAGUAAAUUAAAUAGGAGGAGUCAUGAAUUGCAAAAGCUUGAACACUGGUUUUUGCCCUUUGCAAAAUCACUUCCUUCUCUUCACCACACCUGUUUUAUCAGCGACGUUUCAUUGUCAGAUCAUAGUGUAAACUAGCACACUAUAAGGAAAUACUAAAAUCUUCUCCAUUCAGUUGUGGAUGUUACGUGUUGCUUUUCACCAUUUCCAUAUGUUGAAGCUGUUUCUCUUCAUCUUUUUGACGUGCCGGGUGAGAUCAGAUACAGAACAAAAAUGUGAAGAGUUCACAGAUCUUAGCAUACACAAUGCUUUAGCUGGGACAGCUCUAAAAGUGAAACUGCUGUUAUACACAAGGACAAACCAAAACUGUGCUGAGAGUCUCAGUGACUAUAAUACAACAGCAUCUACAUAUCUGGAUGUGACCAAGAAAACUGUCUUUAUAGUCCAUGGCUUAAGACUAACAGGCUCUACACCAAUAUGGCUGAAUGACAUUAAAGAACUUCUGCUGUCUUUAGUGGACAUUAAUCUCAUUAUAGUAGAUUGGAACAGGGGUGCUACGACUGUAAUUUAUCAUAAUGCGGUCCACAACACCAGAAGAGUUGCAGAAAUCUUGAAGAAAUAUAUUGAUCAGAUGUUGGCAUAUGGAGCCUCUCUUGACUCUAUUUAUAUGAUUGGAGUUAGCCUUGGGGCUCAUAUAGCUGGAUUUGUUGGAGAAAUGUAUAAUGGUACACUUGGCAGAAUUACAGGUCUUGACCCAGCUGGCCCUUCAUUCAGUGGGAAACCACCAAAUGAGAGACUGGAUCAUACAGAUGCAAAGUUUGUUGACGUCAUUCAUACUGAUAUAGAUGUUCUAGGCUUCAGGGAACCUUUAGGACAUAUCGAUUUCUAUCCAAACGGAGGAGCAGAUCAGCCUGGCUGUCCACAAACACUGUUUAGUGGAGCUCAGUUUUUUAAAUGUGACCAUCAGAGGUCUGUUUUCUUGUUCCUGUCAUCCUUGAGACAGAGUUGCAACAUAACAACAUACCCUUGUGAUUCAUACUUGGAUUACAAGAAUGGAAAAUGUGCCAACUGUGAAGAUUUUCAACCAAUGCCAUGUCCAGUACUGGGUUAUUUUGCUGAUAAGUGGAAAAACUAUUUAAUCCAAAAAGACCCUCCGGAGACAAAGGCUUAUUUUGAUACCUCAGGCCAAGAACCAUUCUGCUUGUAUUACUAUUUUGUGGAUUUUAUUACUUGGAACAAAAGCAUUAGGAGAGGUUUCAUUAGAAUUAAAAUAACAGACAGUGCUGGAAACACAAUAGAAUCAAAAAUGAAUAGUGAAGCUGCUACAUUUCAGCAGUAUAGACAAGCCAGUAUCUUUGUUGGAUUUUAUGAGGAUUUUGACAAAAUAUCAAGAAUUUCCUUGACUUUUUCUACAAGGACCCUAAUAGGCCCAAAAUAUAAGCUCAGGAUUCUCCGAAUGAGGCUAAGAUCUACUACAGAUCCAGAAAGGCUGCAGAUGUGCAGAUAUGAUUUGGUACUUCUGGAAAACAUCGAAACAACCUUCAAGCCUAUUCCAUGCCAAGAGAGAGACAAGUAAAGAGAGAGCCUCCGCUAAUUUGCUUUCUUUUGUAGAAAAUAUCACUUUUAAUUCUUUCUCAGGACUAAGGCCUGCUCUGAGGAGGGAAGUGAGACAAAACAGGCUCAGUUUCUGAAGCUGGAAUGAUAAUCUUCAUUGCCUUCUCUGGGUAUUGUAGAAAGAAAUUCAACAGCCAGUUCAGUCAAAUUUUGAAAACAAAUGUAUGAUGGCAGAACACAUACAGUGAUCUAUUAGCCAUUGUUUGUAAGUAGCAAGAAUAUUCCAGGAGUCCUCUGAAUUAAAUGUAACUAUCUGCACUGAUCAUGGCAAAUUAGUCGUCAUGUAAUGUAAAUGUAAUUAUUUUUAUGCUAUUUUUCCUAUCAAGACAUAAUUAUCUCUCUGUGAAUUUAAUAUGCUAUACAGAUGAUAUACAGGCCAAAGAUACAGCAAUUUUGGAGUAUUAUAUUCACUGAAUAAAUAAUUUGAAUUUAUUUCAUUAUCUGAUGCUUCUGUUUUUGGAAACCAGAAAAAAUAGUUGAUAUUUGUGCAAAUAUUUGUAAAUUUGCUGUUUAAUGCAAUUCUCUCUGAUCUCCAGUGUCUUCUGUAGAUGAAUAUUAUUGCAAACCUUUAAGUGUUUGUCUAUUAAUGAGAAUGGACAAGGGAUUGGCGUGCAGGUCUGAAGAAAUUGGAAUGUUUGUUUAUGGCCUGUGUUAUACAGAAAGUGAGACUGGAUGAUCACACAGUCGUAGAAUCUAUGAAGCUCUGACUAUACUUACAGAGAAAUUGUGUGGCAUUAGGAAUGGUGUCUACAAUGACCAGAUUUUACUGCUAGGUGGGAUGAAAUAGGUAUAGAACUCUGGACAUAAAUAGCUAUCUGCCUACAAGUCUGUUGUACCCAUCCCAGUAAUGCUCACUGAAUGCCUUUGUAUAACUGCUGCCUUUUCUAUUAUUAUUUGUGUAGCUCCAGUUUUGCAGAGUGCUUCAAAGACAUUGCAUUAAAUUUAGAAAUAUUGUCAUGAAAUAUAAUGUAAUGAAAAA